CUCCAGUUUUAGACUGUUGAACAUCAUGUACGGCUAUUUUAUGCUGAUGUGUAUUGCGCUUGUGAGCCGCGUUGCCGUGGCGUCUCCAGUGCGCGCGUCCAGGAGCGUCCAAAGCGACUAUGAGCUCUGCACCACGAGCGCCAGGAGCCUGCUCACCACUCUCAAGCGCGUGCUCGAGAAAUCCACAGUGACACAGCCAGAAAAAAUGGGAUCCAAUACACUGUUUCAUGGAUUCAACUGCACAGACCUGGGAGCAGUGAUGAACCCAAACACACAGACUGCGAGUGUGUGUCAGCCCACUCAGGAAGUGACAUGCUCGGAUCAAAAAACCUCUCCAUUCAGUCAGAAUAAAUGUUUGCAGAACAUUGCUAAUGAUCUGGACUAUCAUCGAUCCAUGCUUGCUGAAUAUGUGAGUACUCUGGAUCAGAAGUCCAACUCGGAGUCUGUCAAGGAGCUGAACUCUAUUACACAAUCGAUACGUAAUCUUCAGCAGAGCUGCAAACUGCUGCCUGAACCCGAGUCUUCGGAAAAUAAGUGGACCCCCACUAGCUCUUUUGAAGACCGUAAGGACUUGUGCAAGCAGCUAAAAGGCUUCCAAGUGCGCACCAUCACCAUCAACCGAGCACUCGGUUACAUCUGCGCCGGGGAGUAAAAGAACUGAUUCUGCACUUCCACUACAAUCAUCAUCAUCAUCAUCAUCAUCAUCAUCAUCAUCAUCUCCUUCUAAAAUCCCAAUACUAAUUGUUAAAUUGUUAUUUAUUUAAAAAGUGGCUGUGUAAAACUCUGCACUACUACACCCCUUAUUUAUUUAAAUCUAUGUGACAAGAAUGUAUAAGCUAACUACAUCUCUGUGGUUGUCGACUGACACCUUGUGGGGUAUUUACUUGUUGUCCAAUAACUUAUUUGUAUGUAUUUACAUACACAACUAUUUAUUGAAUUGGUGCACACAGU